AUGGCUGCUAGACCCAGUAGGUAUCUCGUACAGCCCAUCAGCAGCAUCAGCAUAGCACCAGCAUCGCAAUCCAACCGCAGCAUCCAGCAGCCCCGGCUCUCAUCGCAGCCACAGCAUCCCGUAACACAGCACAUUCGGCCUUUCUUGCAGCCUCGCUCCCAGCAUAACAUCAUUCGACGACUAUGGACAGCCAAUCUGAUACGCCGUGCCAAUGUUGCUGCAUACGCAGACUUCGAUCUAGCAUGUCCCAACCAUUCUCAGAACGUCCGAAUCGCUUCGAUCUUUGGCAUCGCCCCCGUCAACGUGAGGGGCCUCGAUGGCGCGGCCUCGGGCUCGCUCCCCCUCCCCGCAGUCUUCACUGCCCCCAUCCGACCUGACGUCGUUCAGCUCGUCCACACCAACGUGGCCAAGAACAAGCGUCAGCCUUACGCCGUCUCGACCAAGGCUGGUCACCAGACCUCUGCCGAGUCGUGGGGUACCGGUCGUGCUGUCGCCCGUAUCCCCCGUGUCGGUGGUGGUGGUACCCACCGCUCCGGCCAGGCUGCCUUCGGUAACAUGGUCCGUGGCGGUCACAUGUUCGCCCCCACCAAGCUGUGGCGCCGUUGGUUCAUCAAGACCAACCAGAACCAGAAGCGUUACGCUACCGCUUCGGCUCUGGCUGCCACCGCCGUCCCUUCGCUCGUCCUCGCCCGCGGUCACCGCGUUGAGGAGCUCGAGGAGAUCCCCCUCGUUGUUGCCGACGCCGCCGAGGGUCUGACCAAGACCAAGGAGGCUGUCGCCCUCCUCAAGGCCGUCAACGCCUACAACGACGUCGUCAAGGUCUCCAACUCGCGCAAGAUCCGCGCCGGUGUUGGCAAGCUCCGCAACCGCCGCCACACCCAGCGCCGCGGUCCCCUUGUCAUCUACAACAAGGACGCCGGUAUCGUCAAGGCCUUCCGCAACGUUCCCGGUGUUGAGCUGUGCUCGGUCGAGCGCCUCAACCUCCUCCAGCUCGCCCCCGGUGGACACCUUGGCCGCUUCGUCAUCUUCACCCAGUCCGCCUUCGGCCGCCUUGACGAGGUCUUCGCUGCCAAGUCUGGCUUCACCAUGCCCAAGGCCAAGAUCGCCAACACUGACGUGACCCGCAUCAUCAACUCGGACGAGAUCCAGUCGGUCGUCCGCGCCAAGGGCCCCGCCAAGACCACGCGCCCCUUCACCCAGCGCAAGAACCCCCUCAAGAACCGCGCUGUUCUCUUCCGCCUCAACCCUUACGCCCAGGCCGCCAUCCGCUCCGAGAUCCGCGCCCAGGCCCAGAAGAAGUCGGGCUUCAAGAAGGAGGCCAAGCAGCCCGUUGCCAAGGAGUUCCUCGAGCUCCUCCACGCCAACUAA